AUGCCUCACAUCGGCGCGGUUAUGGAGCGGAGUCUGUCAGAGCCGCAGGGCUUGGGCGAAGCGCUGAGGGACCUCGUGGUCAGGAGUGUAGUAGCCGGAAUGACCAAACGAGAUAUUGGAGGCUCAAUCAGCAAUGUCAAGACAGCGUUUUCCAGCUGGGACAACUGCAUGCAAGCAACGUACUGCAAAUGGCCGGUGAUUGCUGUCAUUGUCAUUGGCGGUCUAAUUAUUUUCUCGAUAGUCUGGUGUAUUGUUCGCUGUUGCUGCUGCGGCCUGUCUUGUUGCUGCGAGUGUUGCUACUGCCUCAAGUGCUGUGGCAGCUGCUUUGGCUGUUGCGAUCCGCCCCAGAAGAAGAAAUAUUUGGACGACCCAUACAUACCGCCUCACCAUAAUCAAGGCCAAGGAGGAUACCGCACCGAAGCCCCCAUGACUGCUGCUCACUCUGUGCCGCAUUUCGACGGAGCUGUGGCCAAGCCAGAACCACCCCAGUACGCAGAGUUUGAGACCGGAAAGAAAGCUGGAGGAGACGAACUGCCGGCAAUGCCUAGUUGGGAAGGCGCGAACUCCAAGAAGGUUUUGCUUGAGGAGGAGGACGCGGUCGAGCUGGAGCAGCUGAAAAAGCCUGAAGCCGCCCAAAACGCACCGCUCAUGGCGCCAGGGUCCAUGUCGCAUCCCUCGAGUCCCAACCCCGGCAAUAGUCCCUACGGAGCCCCGGUCAGCCAGCAGCAAGGAUCUUACUAUGGUAAUAAUGGUUACGGUCAGAUGUCGCGUGAUAAUGUGAGCCAAGGGUACGACCAGAACUACGGGGCUUCUGGUUAUGGAAACCAGGGUUAUGGAGCACCGGGUUAUGGCGCAGCUGCUGGAGCCAUGGGCGCUAUGGGUGCUGCGGGAGCUAUGGGUCAACAACGCACGCGGACACCUCACCAGGACUACAACAAUGGAGGAGGCUACGGACGCGGGCCAAUGGAUCAAGGUUACCCGCAGUCUCGAACACCGAGGCCCUACGAUGAGUACUCACGCAGUGGUACGCCACGAAGUGGAACGCCCGGGGGUGGAGCCUAUGGCCGACCACCUCCCGGUCGAUCACCGGCACCACCCAACGGGCCCUACGGGAACCCCGGCAGAAUGCAGUCACCCGCACCUUCGCAAAGAGGAUAUGGGUAUCCCCAGCGUUCUCACACACAAGAUAGCUACAACGCGAUGCGAGUUAACGCACAAGACAACUACGCUCCUCAGAGAUCUUACACACAAGACGGCUAUGGUCGCCAGCUAGCCGCCAACCCUCAGCGACAAUACUCCUCAGACUCUACGGUACCCCUAACCCGGCCAGAGACUGGACGUCAAUACUCGGAUGCCUCCUUCCAGCAAGAGCCAGUACAGCCGUCGUCGCCUAUUCAGAACUCGGGGGGGUUUGACUUCACCUCGGGCUACAGCCGAUCUACACCAGAUAUUGCUCCCCGUCCCAGCCCUCCACCCCAGCAAGCCAACGGGGGUGGCGCGGCCUACCCGGGAUACAGAGCGUAUAAACCGCAAGGGUAA